AUGGUCUCAGACUUUUCAGUGAAAUCCAACACGGCACGGAUCUACCGAUUAGGCUGUGGAAGUCAGUACAAAGAGAUCUUAUGGUUGGGUGAAAGCUUUGCCUCAAGGCAGUUCUAUGGGGAAAUUGAACCCUUGCUGCCAGAAAUCUCUUCAUUGCUAUCACUGUCCCACCCUAACAUUGUUCACUGCCUUUGUGCGUUUACAGAUGAGGAAAAGAAAGAGUGUUUCCUCAUUAUGGAGCUCAUGAAUAAAGACCUUGGCAGCUACAUCAAGGAGAUUUAUGGCCCGAGGAAGCGAAUUCCAUUCACUCUUCAUGUUGCUAUUGAUCUUAUGCUUCAAAUUGCAAGAGGAAUGGAAUAUCUCCACUCAAAGAAAAUUUACCACGGAGAAUUAAAUCCUUGUAACAUUUUGGUCAAAGGAAGAGGGUUAUCCACAGAAGGUUUCUUGAUUGCAAAGAUUUCAGGUUUCGGUUUAACUUCUAUUAAAAACUCCACACAGAAAAACACUUCAAAUCAGAAUGGAAGUCCACCUGUUAUAUGGUAUUCUCCUGAAUUUCUGGAAGAGCAAGAUUGCAAGAACACAGUGAAACUUUUAACAGGGAAAGUGCCAUUUGAGGAUAGUCAUCUUCAAGGGAAAGUGCCAUCCAAUAUUCUCUUAUCGAGCCUGAAGGUGAGGGUGGGAGGAGCGUGGACUGUGUGGACGUAUGGCGGAAGGCGCGAAGGACUAGAGGCAGACGGAAGUCACAAAACAGUGGGCGGCUGGGCAGUGGGCGCUGAGCAGCAGACCAGCAAGCAGCAGUCAGCAGAGGGUUUCGCGUGA